UUUUAGUCGGCUUAUCCGAAGACUGACGGAAAGGGCCGAAAAGUUGCGAUUGUAUCAACUUAACGAGUUACUUCCCUUGUUUACAGUAAUAGGGAGCGCUACGCUUGUGCAGAAGAUCUUAAAUAUUUCCUAAUUUGAAAGAUGCCUAACAUAAAAUUACAGAGUUCUGAUGGAGAGGUGUUUGAAGUAGAUGUGGAGAUUGCUAAACAGUCUGUUACCAUAAAAACCAUGUUGGAAGAUUUGGGUAUGGAUGAAGAUGAGGAAGAAGCUGUUCCACUUCCAAAUGUUAAUGCUGCAAUUUUGAAAAAAGUAAUACAGUGGUGCACAUACCACAAAGAUGAUCCACCACCACCAGAGGAUGAUGAGAACAAGGAGAAAAGAACAGAUGAUAUUUGCUCCUGGGAUGCUGAAUUCCUCAAAGUUGAUCAGGGAACACUCUUUGAACUAAUCUUGGCAGCAAAUUACUUAGAUAUCAAAGGUUUGUUAGAUGUAACCUGUAAGACUGUUGCCAAUAUGAUCAAGGGGAAGUCACCGGAAGAGAUCAGGAAAACAUUCAAUAUCAAGAAUGAUUUUACCCCUGCUGAGGAGGAACAGGUGCGUAAGGAGAAUGAAUGGUGUGAAGAAAAGUGAGCAUUCUGUGAUUUUAGACAUGUGUUAAUAUAUAAAACUGUAUUAAUUUUCUCUCAUCCC